AUGCGUCUCAUCAACGCGCGUACCUUGGAGCUCAAGGACUUCUUUGAGCCAAUCCCAAAAUAUACUAUCCUCUCACACACAUGGGGUGACGAAGAAGUCACGUUUCAGGAAUUUACCCACGACAUCGAUAAGCUGAAGGUUGCACAGAAAGAGGGGUUCAAAAAGAUUGUGGAUUGUUUAAACCAGACCCUACGAGAUGGGUACGAGUAUUGCUGGGUCGACACAUGUUGCAUUGAUAAGAGUAGCAGCGCUGAGCUCAGCGAGGCAAUCAAUUCAAUGUUCAAAUGGUACAAAGACUCGGAACGUUGUUACAUACUUCUUUCUGAUAUUACUGUACCUGUUGGAGGAGCAACAAGGAAACUUCUGGAAAACUCACGGUGGUUUACACGUGGCUGGUAAGUAAAAGAAGCGAUGUUAUAAAAUCAGGAACUAAUAUCUUGGAAGGACAUUACAAGAGCUAUUAGCACCCUCCCAUCGAAUAUUCUUUGAUAAAGACUGGAUUAUCAUUGGAAAGAUGUGUCGUGAAAGUAGUGGCAAUUUCCCUUGGAGAUAUCCUCAAGUACGAGAUUCAGAGAGAGAACUCGCAAACAACAUUUCGUACAUUGCAAAUAUUCCCACAGAAGCUCUCUAUUCGUUGGUGUCAAUGGAAGAGUACCACAUCUCCAUGAAAAUGUCUUGGGCUGCUAGAAGAACUACUACCAGAGCUGAAGAUAUGGCAUACUGUUUGCUGGGACUUUUCGACAUCAGCAUGCCUCUUCUCUACGGAGAAGGAGGCCAAAAGGCAUUCAUCAGGUUACAAGAGGAGAUCCUAAAAUAA